UCGAGACAGAAAAGAAAGAGACAGAGAGGGCUAGGGAGAUGGCUCAACCAAAUAAUCCUACUAGCAAUGACAGCAGAGAUAGAAGAUGGUCUCUUGAGGGAAUGACUGCUCUUGUCACUGGGGGAACCAAAGGCAUUGGAUAUGCUAUUGUGGAGGAAUUGGCAAGGCUAGGUGCAAAGGUCCAUACUUGUUCCCGGAAUGAAGUCCAACUCAAUGAGCGGUUGAGUCAAUGGAAGGCCAAGGGUUUUAAUCAAGUCACUGGUUCUGUCUGUGAUUUGGUCUCAAAGCCCCAACGAGAGGAGCUCAUGAAGAAGGUCUCAUCACUGUUCAAUGGGAAACUAAACAUCCUUGUAAACAAUGUGGGAACCAAUAUAGCAAAGCCAACAACUGAUAUUACAGCUGAAGAUUACUCAUUUCUUAUGGGAACCAAUCUUGACUCUUAUUACAAUAUGUGCCAACUUGCACAUCCUCUCCUCAAAACAUCAGGAGCUGGUAACAUUGUUCUUAUAUCUUCUGUUGCUGGUGUGGUAACAGUUGGGGGGAUUGGAAGUGUCUAUGCUGCCACUAAAGGAGCAAUUAACCAAUUGGCAAGAUACUUGGCGUGCGAGUGGGGAAAAGACAAUAUUAGAAUCAACAGCGUUGCACCUUGGUUCAUACGAACUCCCUUCGCCGAAGAUAUUCUCAGUAACCAAACGAUGCUUGAGGCUAUUAACUCUCGAACACCUUUACAACGCCCUGGCGAGCCGGAAGAGGUUUCUUCCUUGGUGGCGUUUCUGUGCUUGCCUGCUGCCUCAUACAUAACUGGGCAGACUAUUUGCAUUGACGGAGGGAUGACUGUUAAUGGCAUAAGCUUACGCAUUCAAGACUAGGACCUUGAAUUCGAAACAUCACAAAUUCCUUGACAGUGUAAUAUCAAUGUAUAUCCCUUUCAAAAAAAAAAAAAAAUUUUAAAAAUAUCAAUGUAUAGUCCAUAAUGACAUAAAGCUCAACUUCCUGAACUGCA